AUGUCACAGAACUCUUGUUGUGUACCUGGUUGUCUGGUGACGAAAAGUGAUGGGAUACCUCUACACCGCUUUCCAAAUCCAGAUUUGAAUACAGAAAAAUUUAAUACUUGGAUUUCCAAAAUUGGUGGUCAUGUAGCUACAAUGGACGUUUCAGAUGUUUAUAGCAACAGACGUGUCUGUCAUAAACAUUUUGAAGAAAUUUAUAAAUAUCCAAGAAAUCGACUGUGCAAAUUAGCAAUUCCUGCACUUUAUUUGCCAGCUCAAGCAGUUCCUGAUGUUGAAAUAACAGCACCUGCCCAACCUUUAAUAUUGAAUGUUCGAGAGUCUCAAUCUGAAAUGCAAAUGAGAGAUCACCUGCUUACUGAAUCUGUUACCAUGCCUCACCAGCCUUCAACAUCUGGUGUUCAGGUAACUCUACUGGAUAUUGAGAUAAGAGAACAACUGCAUGCUGAAUCUGUAACCAUGCCUGCCCAUGCCGUAUCUUCAACAUGUUGUGCUCAAGAAACUCUACUGGAUAUUGAGAUGAGAGGAUGUGAAGAAUAUGGUAAGCAGAAAGGACACAAUAAACAGCAUAAAAGAAAAUCAACUAAACCAAAAGGUCCUUAUGUACCUUUGACAAAACUUAAACAAUUUAAUUCGAUACUAAAGCAGCUAAAGAAAUGUGAAGAUAAUAAGAUGAUUUUGAAAAGAAAAUAUAUUCUUGCAAAAAAAAUGACGAGAACCACAGCAUUUGAAAUUGUAUCAUCAAAAAUGUCAGCUACUGCUAAAAUAUUCUGCCAAAUGCAAGCUUCUCAGAGUGGCAAGAAAAAACAUGGCAGGCGUUUCACACUAGAUGAAAAAAUUUUAGCAUUGUCGCUGUAUAAGCCGGCGCCUAAGGCUUAUCGCUUGCUAAGCAAUUUAUGCGUUUUGCCAAGCAAAAGGACACUGCAAAAUUUAUUGCAUAACUUUGACUUAAAUCCUGGAGUCAAUGAGUUAAUAUUUGAUAAUCUGAAAAAUAGAGUCUCAAAACUGCCUGACAAUUACAAAUAUUGCUCAUUAUUGUUUGACGAGAUGGCAAUUGGAACAGGGCUUACUUAUGACAAAAAAAAAGAUAAAAUACUUGGAUUUGUUGACAAUGGAGAAAAAAUUGAAUGUGAAUUUUGUGAUCACGUGCUGGUUUUUAUGAUCAGAGGUAUAGUAAAAAAAUAUAAGCAGCCUAUAGCUUAUUAUUACUGCAGUGGAAGCACUAAGGCCGUUGAACUUAAGGUUCAUAUUAAUAAUAUUGUAAAAAAAGUGCAAAAAACGGGUUUAAAAGUUGUGGCAACUAUAUGUGACCAGGGUACUUCCAAUGUGGCAGCCAUAACUAUGUUAAUAAAAGAGACACAAGAAGUAUAUGUACGAAAUGGAAAAAUAUACAGGGAAGGAUUUUUCAAAGUUGGGAAUGACAAAAUUUUCCCCCUGUAUGAUCCACCUCACCUCAUUAAAGGAAUUAGGAAUAAUCUAAUUACAAAAGAUUUAAAAUAUACAAUGAAAGGAAAAGAAUGUACAGCAAAAUGGUCCCACAUUGUUCAAUUAUAUAAUAGGUGCCCAGGUUACAGAGGUGUCAAGCUAGUGCCUAAGCUGACUGCUCACCACGUCCUACCACAUUUAAUCCCAAAGAUGAGGGUGAAACACUGCACACAAGUGUUUAGUCAAUCUGUUGGGGUGGGCCUUGCGUGUAUGGCAGAAUUGGGAGCUCUUGAUAAGAGCAGUUAUGAGACAGCGGACCUCCUAUUAUUUUUCGAUGACCUAUUUGACAGCGUGAAUGGUAGUUUCAGCGAAAUUAUAGGAGGGAAAAAGUAUCGUGCUGCAGUAACUCCAACUUCACCGCAUCACAAUUUGUGGAAUUAUAGUAUCCCAAUCCUCAAAAGCAUGAAAUUUGUAAGCAGCAAUAGUCGAGGUGUAGUGCCAUCUUUAUCCAGUUGGAUUCAAACAAUAGAAAAUUUUAAAAAUAUUGUAAAAUUUUUAAAUUCUAAAGGGAUCAACUCCUUAUUGCUGCGAAAUUUUAACCAAGAUCCAUUGGAGAACUUUUUUGGAGCAAUCCGAGCUCACGGCUAUAGUAAUAUAAUGCCUACGUCAUCUGCAUUUGAAGGCGCAUUUAAAACAUUGUUAAUAAACAAUAUAACAUCUUCACAUUCAGUUGGAUCAAACUGUGAAAAAGAUGACAGUGUUUGUCUCCAGUCCCUGAAAUGUUUUUUAAUAAAUCCUAAAGACAACAACACAGCAACAGAAUGUGAGGAUGAAGUAGACUACGCUCAUUUGUAUAUAGACCCUAUAAACACAGAUGCACUAUUAGCAAGUAAAACUCCAAUGGAUAUAGAAAAAUGCGCAGCAAUAGGUUAUUGCAGUGGCUGGAUAGCACAACUUGCCAAGAAACAUGUGUUUAAAAACUGUAUUACUUGCAGGCAUGAUUUGGAAGCAGAAGAUUUAUUAAAUUUUCAUAAAUUUAUAAAAAUGAAAGAAUAUGAAAAUAAAAAGUGGUUGUGCUAUCCAACUAGGGCAUUGUUUGAUUUCUUUGCCCAAGUUGAACACAUUUCCAUAGAAAUAUUAAAAGAUAGGGCAAAAAAUUAUAUAUCUAAAUAUAUUAAAUUGAUUAUGACGGUUAACUUAAAUUUUAACUUUUUAACAUGUUUAUUACACAAAAAUGAUUUAACUGAUUAUUUAAUUAAUAAAUCCACAUUUUUUUUUAUAAACAAUUGGUGCAAAGAUGUAAACAAUGUCCUCACUGGAAAAAUAACCUUUUGGGAUGUAAAUGACCCUAUGAAAGAAAAAGCUCACAGACACUACUCUAAAAAUAAAGGGAGAAAGAGGAUAAGACAAAAUAAUGUCUCUGUAAUAAAUUCUACAAGAUUAAAUCUCUAA